AUGGUUCCGGCCACCCGUCUUCCAAAUAUAAUGAGACACGUAUGCGUCUGCCAUUCCCUCAAACUCUGUGGUGUUCCACUGGACGAGGUUUUAGCUUCGAAUAUUCUCGCUGCCUCGUUCAGAGCUGUCAGCGAUGUGGUCAUUGACAGGGUUCACACUGUCACGGCCAGUACACUUGCCAAGCUCAUCGAUAAAGCGUAUCCAUCGAACAAGCUGAUUUUGUGUAAUCACUGCUCCAUUCAGUCCUUGGAGGCGUUAGCGCCCGAACUUGUUAUGUGUUGUCCUGCGCAGGAUGUGAGCAUAGAACCAAGUGUAGCUCUGCUGCAUCACAUGUUCGACGAUUCGGCUUUAGAGCGCCUCGUUAUUUCAGACCUUGCUAUUCGUCGAAAUAUUCGCCUCCCUUUAUGUGCCAUCACUCAUCGUGGAAUCAGUCGUGCUGCUCAGGCCUUCCAUAAGCGGUGUUGCGAUGUGAUGGCUGAACUCACCGCCGAAAUGCGUGCACCGAAAUGGGAAAUAUCCGUGUCUUUCCCCUCCUCAAUACUAAUUGAUCGGAAUCUGAUCGAAGUCCCUGUAGAAAUGCGCGGACAGUUCACAAUUUGGAGUUUCGUCUCACGUUACAGUGAUUGCUUCACUGUGGAGGUACGGUCUAUCGAAAAUCUCUUUUUUGUAAUCUUUAUUCAUAGUCGACGAUCUUGCCUUUGUCAAACUUAG